UCUGUUCUUCGUUACCUCCAGCGACCAGAGGAACCCCAGGUCUUCGCCGGCGGCUGCCGCCGCUGCCGUCACGGCUGCCGCCCGCCGCUAUCCAAUCUCCUCCGCCGGCGAGCUCCGACGUCCCACCCGCGCCCCACCCCCCCCCCCUCCCCCCGCAUCGACUCGCUCCCAGGCACUGCAUCCGGUCAGUGGCCGCCAAAUCGGGAACCCUAGCUCUGGCGGCUGCGGGAGCAGGACGACGCGGGCCUUGCGGAGGCGGCCACUGGGCGUAGGGGCGGCUGCUUGCCGUCGGUUGGAACCUGCGCCUGCCCGUCUUCUUCCUCCCCGACGCCGGCGGCGGCUUUUGAGCAAUGGAUGAAGACAUUGACUUCCUUGAGGUUCGAUUUCACUUCGGUGGUACUUUUGUGAACAAUGGUCCGCGGAAUCUGGAAUAUUUUGGAGGAAGGAAAGGGUAUACGGUCAUAGAGAGGGACAAGGUGUCCCUUCCCGAAUUAAGAGCACAUCUACGAGAUCAUUAAGUCGAAUACAAUGAAGAAAUGUUGCUGCAUUGGCUAUCUCCAGGGAAGGAAUUGUGGGAAGGGCUGUCAGUGCUGCAUGUAGACUCUGCCUGUGUUACAAUGAGCAACACAGUGAAGCAUGGUGUUGCUGAAGUGUAUGUGGAAGCAUUUGAAGAUGAAGAGACACAAUUUGGCAGUAGUGAUGUUCUUGAGGUGCAGCACGUGAAUACACAGCAAUCUGUAAAUGUGAGGCAAGAUGUGGACAUUGUUGAUGUAGAUGAGGAGUCUAGUGAUGACUCAGAUUAUUUACCAGGGGAUAUGGACAAUUCCGAGGAAGAUGAGAAGGGAGAUGAGAUCAGAAGGCAGUUCAAAGCUUAUGAAAAAAAAAUCUGAAAGCUGGGGUCAUAGCAAUUGCUGAUAGUAUGCUGUUAGGGGAAGGGCCAUCUAGUGGAGGGGCAGAAGAACUAGAAGGAGUUGAAGUAGAUGGCUAUGACACAUCUUACUAUGAUAGCACAGAUAAUGAAGAUUCUUUUGAUGAAGAGGAUGACGGAUGUGAGAUUGUUAGGAAACACUCAGUGCAUCACCGGUUUGAUAGUAGUGCUGCAGUCCCAACUUUCUGUGUGGGCAUGAGGUUUGGCAAUAAAUUUGAGUUUAAGCAAGCAGUGAAGGAUUAUGGGAUACAAGAGAGGAAAUGUAUCAAAUUUGUGAAGGAUGAAGGCUAUAGGGUACGAGCAAAAUGUACAUGGCCCAAUUGUCCUUGGGUUAUUAUAUUAUCAACUAACUCAAGGCAUGAGAGUUGGCAAGUAGCAAGUUUUAAUUCUGAACACAAAUGUCCACCUAGAAGAGACAACAGACUUGUGACUGCAAAUAGAAUUGCAAACAGAUUUGAGAAGAUCAUUAAGGCUAACCCUACAUGGAACAUGGCUAUGAUGAAAGAAACUGUUUUAGAAGAGAUGCUUGUUGAUGUGAGCAUUUCCAAGUGUAAAAGAGCUAAGAGAAUAGUGUUGGACAGGACGAUGGAUGCAACAAAGGGAGAAUACUCAAAAGUGUUUGAGUAUCAAGCAGAGUUGUUGAGAAGCAACCCAGGCAGUACAGUUGUAGUCAAGCUUGACCCAGAUGCCGAGAAGCCAACUUUUUUGAGGUUCUAUAUGUGCUUUGCUGCUAUUAAAAGAGGGUUCAUGGCAGGAUGCAGGAAGGUGAUAGGAUUGGAUGGUUGUUUCUUUAAAGGAGCUACAAAUGGGGAGUUGUUGUGUGCACUGGGUAGGGAUGCAAAUAAUCAGAUGUAUCUUAUUGCAUGGGCAGUGGUGGAGAAAGAGAACAUUGACUCUUGGAGGUGGUUCUGUGAGCUUUUAUUUAGAGACAUUGAUGUUGGUGAUGGUGAAGAUUGGGUCUUCAUAUCUGACCAACAAAAGGGGAUAUUGAAUGCAGUUGAGUACUGGGCUCCAAGGGCUGAGCAUAGGAACUGUGCUAGGCACAUCUAUGCCAACUGGAAAAAAACAUUCAGGGAUAAGGACCGGUAGAAGAGAUUCUGGCUAGUUGCAAAGGCCCCUUGCAUGAGACUUUUCAACUUCUGGAAAGCUAAGUUGUCCCAGAAAACUCCUGAAGGAGCAAGGGCUAUCAUGAGAACUGAUCCUCGCCAUUGGAGUAGAGCUUGGUUCAAACUUGGUAGCAACUGUGACUCUGUAGACAAUAACAUGUGUGAGUCGUUCAAUAACUGGAUAAUAUCAGCAAGGUACCUUCCUAUCAUCAGCAUGCUUGAGGCAAUUAGAUGCAAGAUCAUGAUCAGGAUUCAUGAGCAGAAAACCAAAGCAGUUGCAAUGAAAGGACUCAUUUGUCAUGUCAUCAACAAGAAGAUCAACUUCUUCACAAAGUUAUCAGGCAACUGCCAUGCUAUUUGGAAUGGGAAAGAUGCAUUUGAGGCGAAGCACUGGGACAACAGAUUUACAGUCAACCUCAUUCAAAAGACAUGUUCUUGUAGGUAUUGGCAAUUGUCAGGGUUGCCAUGCUGCCAUGCGAUCUCUUGCAUCUGUUAUACAUCUAGAAGGAUUGAAGAGUUUGUGGCGGACUGUUACAAAGUGAAAGUUCAGAACAACAUGUAUUCUCACUGUCUGGAGCCACUAGAAGGGAUGAAUGCAUGGCCAGAGUCCAAUAUGCCAAGACCACUACCACCAGGCUAUGUGAGGAUGCCUGGUAGACCAACUACUAAGAGAAGGAAAGAACUAGAUGAGAAACCAAGGGGGCCCCCGAACAUCAAAGGUUGGAACAAUCAUUAAAUGUUCAUUGUGUAAAGGGCAAGGUCACAACAAAACAUCAUGCAUUAAGAGGAGUGGAGGAUCAGGAUCAAGUAGUGCUCCUACUGAAUCAAGCACUUCCCCAACCCUUGGACCAAACCCAGCUCCAUCUAAAAGAGGAAGAGGAAGAGGAACAGGAAGAGGAAGAAGUGCAUCAAGCUCUGGUCCAAGCUCUGCUCCACGGCCUGCUGCUACACAGCCAUCAAGUGCUCCACGGCCUGCUACUACACAGCCAACUAGCAUGACCAUGGCAGCAAGUGCAAAUACUAAUGGGAAGAGGAAAGCUGCAGUUGUUUAUACCAGAAGAAUUAACAAGUUAGCUAACACCGCGGUCCAAAUCUCAAACAACUCAAGCUGCCAGAUUACUGUCACUACAGGGUCAGCACAUGUGCAGCCUCGUGCCAAGAAGCUCAAGCCCUUCAAGGCACCUGCAAAGAAGUGAUGUGUCCAGCACUUUUAGUAUUCGUCAAGUUUUAGUUUGAAUGUUGCCUAAAUGCCAAACUGUAUGGCUUGUUGAACCUGCGUCCCUUGUGUGUGUCGAACCUGUUUGCAUUUUGUGACUGAGCCUGUGACUAUUUGGACCUAUUUGAAUUUAGUUUCAAUGACUGUUUGAAAUGUUC